AAUGUCGUUCGACAGCAAACGGGGUCCUCCUGCCAUCGAAGGUAUGACUAGUUUGAAAGUAGACAACCUCACUUAUCGUACAACCAUUGGAGAUUUGGAACGUGUGUUCUCGAAAUACGGCGAUCUCGGUGACGUUUAUAUCCCUCGAGAUCGCUACAAGCAGGAAUCGCGAGGGUUCGCAUUCGUUCGCUUUUAUGAAAGACGCGACGCCGAGGACGCAAUGGAUGCCCUGCAUGGCAAAAUUAUCGAUGGACGAGAAAUACGUGUUCAGAUGGCAAAGUAUGGGAGACCCACCGAUCCGUAUAAACCACGUAAUAGUAAUCGCCAGUAUCGAAACUCCUACAGCUACAACUCGAGGAAUCGCUCCCGCUCAAGAUCGCCCAGAAGAAGGUGAGUGUUUUUGAGAUUCGGAAAUCUAGUUUCAUGACAAAUGGCCUGUGUUAAGAGAUUUCUAUUUUCAGACUUAUACCUCAUGAGUUUGCUUGAAACUUAUUCUGUUUAAAUAUCAUUGUCUCGAGAGACUAAUAGAUCCAAAUUUUGUCUUUCGCCCCUUGGCGUCUUUCAUUGAAAUUUUGUAGAGUUAAUGAGCUUGUUGAACGUCUAAAGAAAGUUUGCAAACACUUCUUAAUUAUUGAUAUUUUCUAUUUAGUUUAGUUUUCCUUUUGCUUUACUCAAUUGGUAAAAAGCCAUUUGGUUCUGGGAAGGCACGGGGGUGAGGUGCUCGAAGAAUGGUCAGCUUAAUUCCAAUUUUAAUGUCUCAAAAUUGUUGUCUAGCUGCACUGCCUACAUGUAGGAAGACUAAAAGUCUUUCUAAGGCUAUGUCUUCACUGGAUAGCUCUUGCACUGGCUAAAAAACCUUACUGAAUAGGUCUACUGCUCUCAUGUGGGAUUGUUGAUUUUUGGGUGGUUUCUGUGACAGUGCGAAGCUGCUCUGUGCUGAUCUUGAAAGUGGACCAUAACAUAACGGUAAAAUUCUAUAAUUAGCAAAGCUACAAAACAGUGGAACUUGUUGCUGAAUUUUUCUUCUAAAAUAGUUUUAUAAUGCCACUUGUUAAAAUUUUGCCAAAGUUUUCAGAGUAGUGUUCAAAGAGCAAUGAGUCUACCAAAAACAAGAAAAAAAAUUGCUUAUCUUAAUAAUAACAGGGUACAGAGAGUAUAUACAUGUACAAGUGUUAAAAUCAAUGGCCUAUCCAUGAAAUCAAUACCCCAUUCACGUAUCCCAAUACCCAUAUCUUUUACAACGAACUCUCUAGAUAGUGGUCUAGAGAGAUAACUUGUCUAUGGUUCAUUUAGGAAAUAGACUACACUUUCCAUGGGUUUACUGGCGUGAUAACCCAAGUGGGAUGUUGGGAGCACAUGCGAAAAGCCUGUAAACCCAUAGAAAGUGUGGUCUAUUGCUUUUAUAAAAUAACUUUAAGUUUUCUAUGAGUUUACCAGCACAAUGAACCAUAGGUUUUUAACUACUAGUUAUUUUAUAAAACAUAUGGAGAGACACAAUGGCUUUGCUAAUGUGAACUGUUUCUAUGUAGCUUGAGCACUUUUUUCUAAUUUUUUUGUGUUUUCUCAUAGUUAUCGUCGCUCACGCUCAAGAUCACCAAGACGCCGCUCAAAAUCCCGGUCUAAAUCACCUCGUAGGUCACGUUAUAGCAACUCACGAUCUCCAAAGAGAAAUGAAAGCCGUUCUCGCUCUAGAAGUCCACGCCGAAAGAGAUCUCCUUCCAGAUCUCGUUCCAAAUCUGGCUCCAAACCAAGGCAAUCUAGGUCUAGGUCUCAAUCAAAAUCUCGCUCAAGGUCACCCAAGAAUCAGAAGUCCAGAUCACGCUCCAAGUCUCCCCGGCAGAGAAGGUCUUUGACUCCUGACAGAGAAAGAAAUGGAGCCAGCCGUGAUGGAGACAGAGAUGAUGGUAACCUUGAUGGAAGCAAUGAUGACGUCUAUGAUGAUAGAGCAGAAAACAAUGAGAUUGAUUGAGAGUUACCAUCAUUUCUUUUUUUACAUUUACUGUUGUGCAGUAAUCACUUUGAAGUGUUCUUUUCCAGGCUUUGCUGCUGUGUUGGAGAGGGGAUCUAAACUUUCAUUGCAGUGCAUGGAGGGGAUUCUUCUUUUUUAGGUAGAGACCCUUAAAGCUUACAAUAGUUAAAAAUAUUGUUAUUGCAGACAUACUGUACACUGUGUGUUAGUUUGCUUGCCUACCAUUUCACCUGUUUCAUGUGAAUAGAUAAAACAUCAUUUUUAGACUUGUGUAAUGAUUUAUCUGUAAAUAUAGUAAAUUAGAUUUGUUUUGAACUAUCAUAAUUCUGAUCCCAGCUGCCGCAGAAGCUUUGCUUCAUGUAGAAUUUAUAUUAUGUUGUUUUAGCUCCCCAGAAAACCUGUGAUCUUGCAAGUCACUAGUCACUGUAAGGCUUCUUAAAUGGGCCAUUCUUUUUUUUCAGAUAGCUGAUUUAGAAAUUGUAGGUAAAUCCACUGUUCGUAAAAAUGUUUAAGGCAACAAAUCAUUCACUUUUAUUUCAGUGGAAUUUAUUUUGAUAGUUUGGUUUUUCCUUAACUUUGUUAAGUUUCAGUUGGGUGGAAAGACAUUCCAUAAACUAUGCUAAAUUCCAGAGUCAGGAUGUUUGUUACUCAUAAGAAACUGGCAAGAAGGUUAAAAUGAAAUUGGGAAGGCUACAGGAAGUUUCAUUAGUUUCCAUUUUGCUAAGCCUAAAGUUUCCAGUACUGCAGGGUAUGACUUGAAGGAAUUUACAAAAUAGCUACAUACACAAUCCACCGCAAACCUUUUCAUUUUUUUUAACCAGCAAAAGGAAUUAUCAAACAGCAAUUUUCUUACUCGCUUUGUUCAAGUAAUAUCCCUCCAAAGAUGAUGUACUACUGCCGAACGAAGUACGCUUUCUUCAUUACUACACUGUAAAUACUGAUAAUGACUGCUAGGUUUUCCCUAAAAGUAAAUUUGAUGCCUACAUACAUGUAGUCUGGAAACAGAUUUUUCUUUCGGAUAAGAAAGCAUGUAAGCAUGUGUACACUAUACAGCAGAAGCCUGAAGGGAAUUGGGAGAGAGGGGAAUCUAGCUUCACAGCUUUUAAUGGAUAAGAGAACUGUAGCCUUUUAGUAGCCGUCUGCCAUGUUGAGAGUAUUUUACCAACAUCUGCAGUUAUUCCAUGGGCAACAUAUGGAAGUAGUUUCUAAUCACAGAUUGUAAAGUUGGCAAUUUUCAUGUGGAGUGUCAAGAGUAAUUUUUCAGGGAAUUAUUGUAAAAGCUCAAGGAAGUAGAAAUGAUAGAAAUAAUGUAGAAAUUGUUAAAAAAUCUAAAACCUUUUUAUUAUUGUUCAGUAAGACCAUCUUCUGAUCAAAGGGUUGAUCAUCAUUGCAGUUAUGUCAACGAACGAAUUAAGUUGGUAAAAUUUGCUAUGCUUUGUGCUGAAGUAGUUCUACUUUCUCAACCUAUCAGAGCUGAGACCAUUGAAUCGUGCUGUGCAUUGUUCGAUAAUCAGUACAGUUACCUUGCACUAUGCUGUACUGCAUUGUUUUAUCAAAAGUUAUUGAAAAGGUAUUUCUUCAGUUUUGCUCUUAAGACACUCGAUUGAAAACUGCUAUAUAUUUACCAGGUAUUAGUGCAGAAUAAGUUUAUGUGACACUAGAGCUCAACAGUUUUUCAUUUAACUUUUCACUUAAAGUGAACAAAGUGAAAAAUUCACCCAGAAACCAAAUUUAAUUUUGCAAAAUCUUAGGGAACAAGUAUUACUGUGCAGAAGUUGUUCCAAAGGGGUUUCACUUAAAUGGCAACACUAUACGAUUUUGUCCACUCAUUUUGAACUUGAGUAACAAUAAUAAUCUCCUCAUAAGAUUGUUGUAGGAGUGAACCAUAGUUUGCAUUAGCUUUUUAUGCAUACUUUUCGUGGAGCCUGUCAAUUUUGGGGCAUUAUAUUUUGUCGGAUUGUAACCUUAAGUAAUUUUGCGAUUGAUUGGCUAUGAUUGUCAGGGUGUUGUUUCACUUUGCAAGUAACACCAAAUGUAAUUUAAUUUGUUUUCAGUUUUAUUUAGAAUCUUUCAAAUUAUUUUGUCUAAUGUUAUAGGAAGCACUUCAUGGUUAUUGUAAGGUUCACAACCUAGAUGCAAAAAUUGCACACUAGCUGCCCCCUUUAUCAUCCUUCUCUUAGAAAUCCUCCACUUCUCAGGAAACCAUGCUAAGUGUGCUUAGCUUAAUCUGAAGGGAAGCACUUCCCAAAUGCUCCUUUUUUUGUAGAGUGCAAGAAAAGUAACUCCGCUUUGCGAAUAUUUGACAAAGUGCAUUCCGCAUUCUCUCGCGGGCCCUAUUACUUUAAUAACUUUAAAAAUACAACCUUUAUGAAAUAGUUGUCAGUGAGGACGCAGAAGACUGAAAAUUAGUUUUAAUGUUUCCUCUAUGCAUUUGUUUGAUGAAAUUAGGUUGUAUUUGUUGUUAAAUUUAUUAUAUUGGCCUUUCCUGUAGGCGCAGUUUAUUUAUACUUG